UGAUAAGCUCUAAUUUAUGUGUGAUGAGCACUCAAUCACAUUCAUCUCUAGGCUUGUCACAUAUAAGACAACAUACACACCUUCCUCCUAUUCACCACACCACCUAUCCCCUUCAAAUUAAUCACAUCAAUCAACACCCUCAAAAUGACCGACCCCAACAAAGGCACCAAAAUCACCCUCUACUGGCUCUCCCAAUCCCGCUCCCACCGCAUCCUCUGGCUCCUCGAAGCCCUGCACCUAACCUACGAGCUAAAGAUCUACCACCGCGGCCCCGACAAGCUCGCACCGCCGGAACUAAAAGAGAUCCAUCCUCUCGGAAAGUCUCCUUUGUUAACAAUCCAACCCGCGAACGCCCCUCCAGACCAGAAGCCCAUCGUGCUCGCCGAGUCCGGCAUUAUCAUCGAGUAUCUGCUCGAUCACUUCGGCGACAACGCAGCAGAGAAACCCCUCCUCCCUGCUCGAUGGAAACCCAACCAGGAGGGUGUGGUCGGCGGUGAAACCGAGGAAUGGAUGCGCUAUCGCUACUUCAUGCAUUAUGCUGAGGCAAGUCUCAUGCCGUUUUUAGUUAUGCAGUUGGUUAUGGAUACGGUAAAAAACCCCCCCGGCAUGCCCUUCUUCGUCAAGCCGCUUCCGCGCCUUGUGGCGGGCCAGGUGGAAAAGGCCUUCCUGGCGAGGAAUAUCCAGUCGCAUUUGGAGUUUUUGGAGGAUCAGUUGCGGAGUAGUCCGAAUGGGGGUGCGUAUCUGUGCGGGACGGAAUUGACGGCCGCGGAUAUUAUGAUGAGUUUCCCCGUGAUUGCUAUGUCCGGGAGGUUGCAGGAUCAGUUGGAUAAGUUUCCACUGUUGGGGAAGUAUGCGGAGAGGUUGCAGAAGGAGGAGGGGUAUAUUAGGGCUGUGAAGAAGGUGGAGGAGGUGGAUGGGAAGUUUGAGGCUUCUCUGUAAUUUUUCUAUCUGUUGUGUUUGAUGUGAUUGGGAUUGGGAUUGGGAUUGGGUAUGGUAUAUAUGAUAGUAUUAAGUAGUAUUUAAUUUGCAAUCUAUCUAUCAAUGAAAUU